AUGCAGCUCACCCUCUUCAUCGCAAUCAUCCUCGCCUCCGUGACCUCCGCCCGAGACUUCACCCUCUAUGACGACGUCAACUACGGCGGUGCUGCCCACAGAGAAACUCGCAACAGCAAUGCCGCUUGCUGUAUGCUCACCAUCCAUCGAGAUUGCCAAGGCUCCAACUGGCUGCAGCGCGGCAUCGCCCUGACUGUGCCGGCUCACUUGAGUAACCACAUCUGGUCGUUUCACAACCAGUGCUAGACUCUCGGAUUAACGCCCUGGCGACAUGGUGUGAUGGGGCUGGCUCGGAAGUUGCUUGUCCCAUUUUGUGGGUCUCACUUGACCCAGGGCCGCCUUUAAAUAGAGGCAGCUUUCUGUGCUCUUCAUACUCCGCCUUUCAACAAGGCGUGUUUCUCUACUCGCUCGUUUGAAGUCUCGUUCGAGAGUAGAUAGGGUAGCUAAGGU